AUGCCAACUUACACAAGAUCGACCAUUAAUAGAAGGGCAAUUCCAUAUAGGAAUUUGGCCGUGGGAGCAUUCAUGAAUAUUUUUCAAGUGUCUACACUUGGACAGCCAAUGGAAGUACUGAAGACACAUCUGGCAGCAAACAGACACGACACAUUGAAAGAUGCAGUGCAGAAAACAUGGGCUCGUGGAGGGAGUGCUGCCUUUUACCAGGGUUUGAUUCCAUGGGCCUGGCUGGAAGCCUCCACCAAAGGAGCCAUUCUCAUCCUUACAUCGAGUGAGAUUGAGUAUCACGCAAAGACCAAAUUCGGUGCUUCUCCUACUGCAUGUGGUAUAUUGGGCGGCAUUGGCGGUGGUAUCGCUCAAUCAUAUUUAACCAUGGGCAUGACAACCUGCAUGAAAACAGUCGAAGUGACUCGCACCAAGAUGACUGCUGAAGGAGCCAGAGUGCCUGGUGCCAUGGAGACAUUCUUUAACAUUCUCAGAGAAAAAGGAAUACGCGGUGUCAAUAAGGGAGUCAACGCGGUGGCUCUGCGCCAGGUUACCGGGUGGUCAUCACGGAUUGGCAUAUCUCGGUUUGCCGAAGAGAGUAUUCAGACUGUCAGUGGGAGGCCGAAAGAGGAAAAGUUGAUGAUUGGAGAGAAGAUCCUGGCAUCGACGAUUGGUGGUGCUUUGAGUUGCUGGAAUCAGCCAUUCGAGGUCCUCCGCGUGGAAAUGCAAUCCAUGAAGAAAGACCCAACCCGUCCAGCAUCUCCAACUAUUGUCUCCACCUUCAGGCAUAUUGUUGCUACGUCCGGUGUUAAAGGUCUCUUCCGAGGAGUGGUCCCUCGCAUUGGCGUGGCGGCAUGGGCUACGAUCUGCAUGGUGGGAUUUGGUGAUACCGUCAAGGAACUGGUAAAUCGGAAGUAA